AGGGUAUAUAGGUAGACAGCCUUACCCCCUUUACGGAGAGACUUUCCCCUUCCCCCUCUUUCUUAGAAUUCAACAUCUCUGAUAUGUUCUGCAUUUGUUCGCCCACUCUUCAUUUGGUGUGGUUAGAAUCAGGGGAGGAUCUUCCACUUUUGAAGUCAUAGCGCCUCAGGAGCUUUUGUUGAUCAUUCUUAUACUAUUAAAACUUGACCUUAGGGUUCAGGUUCUCAAACCUGCUCCACAGAUCCGGUUGCAGAUCUUUGUGUUUUCUUUUGAUUGUUCUAAUUGAUCAAUAUUUUCCUCUGUUUUAUUGGUGUUUUCUGCAUUGUUUGUGGUUUGGUAUCCUGUGUUACUUUGUGCACAUUUUGAAAGAUUCAAGUACUGUUAUUUGCUCAACUUAUAAAAUGGCUUCCUUCUCUGUUUUGAUUUUAAAGAUAGCUGUCUUGUUAAUUUUCUCUUCUUCCAGGGAUGAAUCUUUGCUUUGUCAAGGAUUAGCAUUGAAUGAUGACUUGCAGCGUUUACUUGCUAAGCAUGAAGCCAUUGCAUCAGGUACUGCUGUUCCUGUUCGUCCAGAGAAACCUAAAGGUCCUCAGUCACUUGUCGAUGUUGAUGAACCUGGAGUUACAGAUAAGCUUAAGAGCACCAAAUCCGUUGGAAGGUCCACUUCUAGUGCUGCUGAAGCAAGUCAACCUCUUGAGUUGUUGCCAGCCCCUCCUGCAUCGAAUAGUCCAGCAACUGCUCUGAUAAGGAUUGAUCCUAAAAUGGACCUUCUCAGUGGUGAAGAUUACAAUUCUCCUACUGCAGAUAAUGCACUAGCACUUGUUCCAGUGGGAGAACCACAACCAACCAGUCCUGUGUUCCAACAGAACAUUCUUGCUCUUUCAGACAUGUUUCAUCAGAAUAAUGGUGGUACAAAUUCUUUCAAUUCUCAGACACUAAUGCAAGGUGGACUAAUGUACCCUACAUCGCCACAGUUUUCUCAGCAGAGGCCCAUACAGUCCCCUCAAUCCCCAUUUUAUAUGAAUGGGAGUACUCCAAACAUGGGGCUAACUCAAUAUGAGCACUCACCUUAUGGUAAUCCUGCAUGGCACCAGCAACAACAACCCAGUUAUGGUGCUCAAAGCAGUGGGGCGCUGCCUCCACCACCCUGGGAAGCUCAAUUAACAGAAGGCAGCCCACUGGGAGGGACAAAAUACCCUCAACCAUUGAAUUUUACCCAGGUUGUGGUCAAUUCUCCUCAAUCAACAGGGAAUGACAAUGUGGUGGGUAUGUAUAUUCAACCAAUUACAAAUGGUCAGUUAGCAGCCAUCAACACUCAACCCGUCCAGAGCAACCAGAUGGUGGGCAUGCAUCCUCAGCCAGGCCAAGGAGGGCAGAUGAUGGGCAUGUUACCUCAGCCAAUUACAGGCGGCCAGUUAUCACCGGUCCAUAGCAACCAGAUGGUGGGCAUGCAUCUGCAGCAAAUCCACGGAGGGCAAAUGAUGGGCAUGUUACCUCAGCCAAUGCAGGCUGGCCAACUGAUGUCCAUCAAUCAAAUGCCAAUGCAGAGCAAUAUGGGUUAUGAUUAUGGUUAUCCAAUGGAGGCUCAAGCUCAAUAUCUCGAACAGAGAAUGUAUGGGCUUUCUGUACAGGAUGACAGUGCUUUAAGGAACUCUCCCUACAUGGCGCCUACUUCCUAUCUGCCGCCUAGUAAACCAUCCAAGCCAGAGGAUAAGCUCUUUGGGGAUCUUGUGAGCAUGGCAAAAGUGAAACCAAAGAAUACCACUCCUGGUAGAGCUGGAAGCAUAAUUACAGGGAAAAGUAGAAAGCAUUGUGGGCCUUCCAACUCAGGAGGAUUGCAAACUGGACAUUGGCCAAUCAAGAGGGGCUUCUGAUGGACGAUCAAGAUCAUAGCAUGAUUCUUCCAGGUGGGAGAAUAGAGGCAGUCACCUAACAAAGGGACCUAGAUGACCCAACCGGGAAAACUCUGCUCUUCAAAUUUUACCUUUUAUAAAAAUCUUUCUGAAGGAAAAGAACAUUUUGGAAGCUCUUUGAAAGAGUGUGGAAGCAUAAAUACCAUAAUGUGAUCAGCAUACUCUUAGUAGAUUACCUUCGGAACUGUAAGCAGAUUCUUGUCCUAUCACAUGCGUUUUUCCACGUGUUAUGCAUAACCAAGUUCUCUCCUUUUCA